CUAGACUCCUUUGGUGUAGGUGACGUUCUCAGUCUCAUGUGAUGCGGAAGAAUGGGGGGAGGAUUGUGAGUGACAGCAAGAUGGGGCCAGAGUAAAGAAAGCUGUCUCGUUCAGUUAUUUUCCUUUCUUUACAAUGCCGGAGCAUAACGAUGCCAGUCUGCCCCCUGAGGAGAGGGUCCGAGCCCUUGGCCUGCUUGGAACAUCGGUAGAUGUAUCUGAUGAUAUUCCCCCUAAACGAUAUUAUCGAUCUGGAGUGGAGCUGAUCCGCAUGGCCAAUGUGUAUGCAGGAGAAGGAAAUGUUGAACAUGCGUAUAUCUUAUACAACAAAUAUAUAACAUUGUUUCUGGAAAAGCUUCCAAAACACCGGGACUACAAAACCUCUUGCCACCAGGAGAAGAAGGAUACAGUGAAGAAGCUGAAGGAAGUUGCAUUUCCAAAGGCAGAGGAGCUGAAAAUUGAAUUACGUAAAAGAUAUACCAGAGAGUAUGAAGAGUAUAGAGAGAAAAAGAAGCGCGAUGAGGAAGAGAAUGUCCGGCGACUUGCCUUACAGCAGCAGUUGGAAGCUGAAAGGCAACGAGUGGCUCUCUUGAAGCAGCAGAAGGAGCAGCAAGAGCAAAUCUUGGCCUUCGAGGAGAUGAUUCGCAAGAAGGAGCUAGAGGGAGAGCGACUCCGUAUCAUGCAUCAGUUUUCCAAAGAAGUACCCAGCCCUCCGUUUUCCGAGGGGCCCUUAAUUCCAGGAGUAAAUGAGCCACCUAUCAAUCCUCCACCCCCAUCCUUUGACUCUGUCCUUCCAAAACCACCUGUUGUAGAUAGGUCCCUGAAACCAGCUACUGUCAACAACCAUGGAGUCUAUGAGUCUUCUGGAGGCUUACGUCAUGUUAGAAUUCCUAGGGAUUUAUGCCUGAAGUUCCUGAAACUAGCACAAAAUAACACCCAGAGAGCGGUGGAGACCUGCGGAAUCCUGUGUGGGAAGCUGAUGCAGAACGAGUUCACAGUGACACAUGUCCUCGUUCCCAAACAGUCAGGUGGGCCAGAUUACUGCAAUACUGAGAACGAAGAGGACCUGUUCCUUAUCCAGGACCAACAUGGGCUUCUCACACUCGGCUGGAUACAUACUCACCCGACUCAGACGGCCUUCCUCUCUAGUGUGGACCUGCACACUCACUGCUCCUACCAGAUGAUACUUCCAGAAUCCAUCGCUAUUGUCUGUUCUCCUAAAUUUCAGGAAACAGGAUUCUUUAAGCUAACAGAUCAUGGCAUGGAAGAAAUUUCUGCUUGUCGCCAGAAAGGAUUUCAUCCUCACUGUAAAGACCCCCCUCUGUUUUGUGCCUGCAGCCAUUCGUCCGUGUGUGAUCUGGAUGUCACUGUGCUGGACCUCCGAUAAUUCUCAAGAAAAAAAUGCCAAAUUUCCUCCGAAUUCCUCUUCACCUGUUAGCUCCUCAGUGACCAGAUUGCCAUUAAAGCCUAGGAGAAGAGCUAAACAUAUGCAACCUGUUUCUGACCAUGUAUUUAUCACUUGUGUAAUUUGCAAGACACAAGUCAAGAUGGAGAGUAUUGAAAACCAUAAUUUCCUACAACCUAGGAAAAUCUACAAUGCUCGUUACACACCCUAAUAGCCAUACAAUGGCUAAUUUUUUUUUUUUAUUAUUAUUAUUUUUAAAUAUGAGACCAGCAUUGAAAUUUAAACUUUGUUGUUUAUGGUUUUCUUUUUGCCAAGCUAUUAAUUGCUACUCCUUGUAGUGCUAAAAACUAGAAACAAAUUCUAGAUGGUAAAUAGUAGAAUGAGGGUUUAUUAAAUUUAACAGACAACAUGCUAUUUUUAACAUAACACUGAGUUGAUGUCUCUUAACCUCUCUUUCUCAAAGCAUUGCUCAAUCUUAUUAAUAUUCUCCAAUUAUUAUUAUUAUUAUUUUUUUUUUUUUUAAGAAAAUGUUCAUAAAUUAAUUUAUUUGAUACUUAAAUGGGCCUUAUAUGAGACACUAGCUUGAUAUUGGAUAUGAUAUGAGAAUAUGGUAUGAUGUUUAUUUUCUUUAAGUAACAAUAAAAUAUUUGGGAUGUUCCCUGAAAAAAA